UUUAGUCUUAAACAUAUUUUAGUGUAAUAUUACAUUACAUAUGUUUUAUUUUAGUCAUAAACAUUGUAGAAAAGCCAUCAUGCCAACAAACUAUACACCAGGAAGACAACCUGGGGCCAAACACCCCUCGAAGAGAUGGAGAGUGCAGCUGCUGAGGUCAUGCAAGGAAAGAAGUCCUUAAGAAAAGCUGGAAGGGAUAGAAAUAUUGAUAAGACAACCCUCAAAAGAUUCAUAAAGAAAAAAGAGAAAGGGAAAGUAAAAUCAGUAGCCUGGGCUGCAGUAGCUGAGGCAAAGAGAAUAUUCACAGAUGAGAUGGAGGAGGAGCUUGACAAACACUUGAAACAACUAGCUGACCAGUUCCAUGGCCUUGCUCCAGUACAGUAUAGUGUGGUUUAGUGUAGUACAGUGUGGUUUAUUGUAGUAUGGUAUAGUACUAUGGUGUAAUCUGAUAGUAAGUACAGUCAAGGACAUUAUACAUUCAAUAAUAUGAUAAUAAUGUUUUUCUCAUUGAAUGUGAAGUAUCCAUUUCAGGAAUAUACUGUUGCUGCACAAGAUAUACAUCACAGAGAAUUAUUUAGUGUUAAGCUGGAUGACGUCUGCAUGUGUAAGCUCGUGCACGUGCGUGUGUUUGUUUGUGCGUAUACAAACAUCAGUCUCCUAUUGUGUUGGAGACAGUAGCGUGAGAGCGACCAGAGGGUCAGCUGUGCAUCACAUCAAAGAUUUGGCCACCUGUAAAAGACCCCACUGUCAAAACACACACACACACACACGCUUACACGCACACACGCACACACACAGAUCUGAGACCCCUGUGCAGUUUCUAUACUCCGCACACUAAACAAUCAGGUAUGACGGGCGUCGUCUUCCUGGGUCCCAGCGGGCUGGAGAAGACAAAAGACCCCCAGUAAGAGGACGUCCACUCAUCCUCACACAGGACACAUGGGAUCAUAGAUCUAUCUGCCUCAUAUACACACACACACACACAUCCACGUCAGUCUAUAUGGUCUGUACACAGGGUUUUAUAUGGUAUCAGUAUGUGUCAGAUAAUUUCACAACAUAGCUUUCCCACACUCCUGGUUGUCCCUCAAACUUCCUCUGAUAUUACCUCCACAGUUUGACACUGUCACAGUAGAUUCAGCAUCUGCAUGGUCCUUCACCACAGAACUACAGUCACGCCUCCUUUAAAUGUAUUUAAUGAGUUUAUUGUCCAUCGUAUGCGUCAUAUUUAUACACAUUUACACACAGGAAGGCAUAUAUGGUAUCCAUGAACACUUUUAAAUUGUCUAACAUUGUUAUAAAUGGUGAUUUGAACAACUGGACUCCACCCUGGCAGAGUUUGAGGGAUUAUUAAAAAGAACAUGUAUAGAUAUAUACUGUAUGUUAUCAUCAUGUUUGACAUAAACCUCCAACAAUAAAGAGAAUAAGACUGACAGAUGAAUGAAAGCAAUAACUCUGGUGUGUAUCUGUAUUAACAUGAUGAUUCCUUCAAUGUAGAUAGGAUUAUGCUGAUGUGGGAUGAAGCGUGUUCUAACCUGCUGAAUCAUGGCAGAACAGCGCUUCUUCCGGGUUGUCGUUGACGGGUCAGAGGUCGCAGCACAUGCGUUUGUUGUGUUUCUGCUCUGGGCUCCUGCUUGUAGCUGUAACCGGGCUGAGCCAGUGAUGUGAUGGCUUCCCUGGGCUUGUUCCUGAGGAGGCAGCUGCCGCCGGCCCUGGCCCACUACGCCCGGGUGGUGAAGCUCCGGCACCGGCCUCCCUGCGCCCCGGUGCUGCUGCUGCGGAGGCUGCACGGCCCGGGCCGGCUGCGGACCUCGGAGAAGGGACCGUGGGGGAAGAGCCGGGGGCCGGAGCUGCAGCAGCAGCAGUACCCGCUCACAGACCUCGACAAGGCGGACGCUUUGAUGCUGAGAAAGUCCCAUGAAACAGGAUUCCUGUCGUGGUUCAGGAACGGUCUGCUGGCCACUGGGAUCGGAGUCAUCGCGUUCGUCCAGAGCGAAGUGGGACGAGAAGCCGGCUACGCCUUCUUCAUCCUGGGAGGAGUGUGCGUGUCGUUUGGCGGGGCCUCUUACCUCGGCAGCCUCUUCGCUCUGCGGAGGAUGAUGCAGCUGUCGGUGCCGGCGCUGCUGCUCCAGGGGGCCGCGGUGGGCAGCGUCGCCCUCUUUUGGCUCUGCGCGGUAUCUCUCUACAUCGGCCGCCUGGAGGUGGAGAUCAUCCACGACGGGGAGGAGGGGGAGGGAGAGGAGGACGACGAGUGCAGCGAGUGCCGCGAGAGGCGGGAGCACCGGGGCUACAGAGGCUCCCACAGCAGCGAGGACAGUGACAGCAGGGGGCCGGCAAAGUAGACAACUUCCAGGGAUGGAGAGAGAGUGUGUGUGUGUGUGUGUGUGUGUGUGUGUGCGCGCGUGUGCAGGCUGGGUGUGAGUUUUUAGAUACUUUACAAACCUGCUGCUCCUUGUUAUACAGAUGUAUUCUGAACAUUUCUUAUCACACAUAUUCAAAGCAUAUCUGUCUGAAAAUUGUGAUUCAACCCAAAUAUUUGACAUCUUCACCUCGACGGGCACUUUGCAGAGACUCUUUGUGAACAUGGGGUUUGUUCAGGUUUACUUUUCAGGUGCUUUAUGCCACAUUUCUCUUCUCAGACAACUGUUGCUCAGGUCGUGUCUGUCUUACUUUGUUCUGUGACUGAUUUACUGCAGUUUGCAUAAAAGACGUGAAAUAAAUUACGCUGGAUUUGAAAAGCUGUGUGUUUGUGCCAGAAAAAUAUUUUAGGUAUUUUUCCUGUUAUAAAUCAAGGAAGGCUUGGAGUUUAUUUUUAGAGGUUUAAAUUACCCUGUGAAGUAAUCUAUUAUUUUUAUUUGUAAGGACAACAGCACUUUUGUCGUUUUUAAUUAUCCUAUCACAAACUUUAGACUUUUGGGGUAUUUUUUUUACAUCUUUGCCUGUGGUUAUAUAUUUUGUUUGGUAUUUGUACUUAACAUCUUCAGUACCUAAAUGUAAAAACCAUUUGACCCUUUGGAGUGAACAUCACAUCACCUGGUGGUCGCUGUGAUUUUUGUCAUUUUUUAAAGAACAGUUGAAAGCAUGGAUAAGUUAAGUAAUUGAUUGGUGUGUGGAAAUAGGGUUUGCCAUUGUUUACUUUUGUGUGUGUGCCUGUGCACCACUUUCAAUGCACGCUACUGUAUAUACUGUAAUAAAGCCAGAUUGGAUCUGUGCUAACACAGAUAAAGAAACUA